AUGAGAAAACGUAAGCAGCAGGUCACGGAGGAAAACCUAACCCUAACUGUAUCCGGAUCAUCCAAUGAACGAUGUGAAACGGAAUACUUUGCUCCGAUCCCUGUUGAUCUCGUCAUCAGAAUCUUGUCGAGGUUGUUAUCCGGCAGGUCUAUGGCUCAGUGUCGUUGUGUAUGUAAGCUCUGGUCGUCCAUAAUUCGCCGUCAAAAUAAUAAUAAGUUGUUCCCGAUCAAUUCUCCGGAUCCACCGAGGCUCCUUUUCUCCUUCGUACUUAGAGAUAAUCUCUACUUCUGCUCGGCACCUCAAAAACUUGACAACAACAACAACUCUACUAUUGUUACAGCCACGUUUCAUCGCACAUUUCCCCAUAGCACAGUUUUCUCUCAAACCUAUCGCCCUGCUUGUGGACUGGUUUGUCACCAAAUUGAGGGAAAGAAUCAUGUCAUGGCUGUGAUCUCUAACCCCAUCACAGGAGAGUCCGUAGCACCACCCAAAGUGAAAACGUAUGGGUUCGUCGCAAAAACCUACUUUGGGUAUGAUCCGAUUGGAAAUAAAUUCAAGGUAUUGUGCUUAACUUGGUCUCAUUGUCGAACACUUGAGCAUCAAGUUCUCACGUUAGACACUGGAAGAAAACUCUUGUGGAGAAAGAUCCCAUGUUGCAUAUCUUAUUCUCCUCUAGCCGAUAAUGGGAUAUGUGUCAAUGCUGUUUUGUAUUACACAGCAUCUGUCGCAAAACGUAUGAUUGUCUGCUUUAAUAUUAGGUCCGAGACAUUCGAUUUUAUAAUCGGGAGACCUGAGAGGUUAUCUUUUAUGGACAUGACUCCUACACUGGUAAACUACAAGGGUAAACUAGGUGCAGUUGAUACUCUGGACCAUGUCGAUGGUUUCGUGUUUUGGGUUUUAGAGGAUGUCGAGGAACAUAAAUGGUCAAAGCAUAUAUUGGUGACCCCCGUUCAAUGGAAUGCAGAGCAUGUAUCCGCUGUUGGAGUUACUGAUAGAGAGGAAAUUGUCUUUUCACCAAAAUAUGCACAAAAAGAUUCCUUUUACAUUUCUUACUACAAUCUCCAGAGCAACACUACGUCAGUUGUUUGCUUGUAUAAUGAACGUCUGAAGCCAAAGGCCAGAAUAGAAGUAGAAAAUCUCGAACUAUAA